CGUUAACUGCGUCGUUAUGAAUUGCUGCAACGAAAGACUCGGGACGCCGUUUGGUGAAAGUGCGGCUCUAAAUAACCAUCGCACGAAUAAAUGACAAUUUCGAUUUCGGUUUCGCUAGUGCGGGGUUUUUGUGGUUGCUGGCCGUCUCUCGGCGUUAUUGAGAAGCUUCUGCGCACGUGCUGUCAUCUAUCGUUAAUAACAGAAAAAAUAGGCGCAUCUUUAGUUUUGGAAAAGUGGGCGCGCUGCUUCCGUGAAAAUUUGGCCGGCAGAAAGUUUUGUUGCGCUAAUGAACCUAAAGCUGGCGGCUUUACUAUGAAUACGCUUGUCAGCAUUUUGAUUGCUGCCUGCGCUGCGGCUUUUGCCAUUUUUCACACUUAUCCCGCUCCGCCGAAAUCACCGCUACUUUAUCAGUGGGAAAAAGAAGACGGUGGUUCGUACUUCAAGUUUCAGGACUACGACAUAUUUUUUAAAGAUGUCAAGGGCAAUGCAGAAAACAAGGACGUGCUACUGUGUCUCCAUGGCUUUCCAACCUCCAGCUUUGACUACUACUUGGUCCUGCCACCACUGCGAAAAAUAUUUGGCAGAAUUGUGCUGUUUGAUUUUCUGGGAUUAGGCUACAGUGAUAAGCCAAGGUUUCACACUUACUCCAUCUUUGAACAAGCCAACAUUACUGAAGCCCUGAUGAAGAAAUUGGGCUUGCGCAGUGUUCAUGUCCUAGCUCAUGAUAUCGGAGACACAGUGGCCCAGGAACUUCUUGCUAGGCAACAGGAAGGUGUCCUGUCAUUUGAAAUUUCGACUUUGUGUAUGAUGAAUGGUGGAAUUUUGCCUCAACAUCAUCAUCCAAGAUGGUCUCAAUUGAUCUUGAGAAUGCCUGUCGUUGGUGUUGUGGCUUCAAGGUUCAUGAACCACCUGGUCUUCAGAGUAGCACUGGCUGAUGUCUUUGGCCCCAACACUAAACCAACCGCAACAGAUGUCCACAAUUACUGGCAUUUGGCUCGGCUGAAAGAUGGUUACCGGGUAUUUGGCCUGCUCCUCUCUUAUAUCGACGAAAGGUUCGAAAAUGAAGAGAGGUGGGUUAGAGCGCUGCAAAAGUCUGCCUCCAAAGUUCACAUGAUAUAUGGCCCAGCCGAUCCUGUCAACAAACCACCAUUUCAGGAGCACUACAGGAAACUCGUUCCUGGCUCUAGCAUCCACAUUCUCCAUGAACACAUUGGUCACUAUGUGCACCUUGAAGCUCCCAAGGAAGUGGUUGCAGGCUAUUUACCGUUCUUGGAGGCCCAUGGUGUCAAAACAAAGACCAUAUCUGUUGCACUCCCCGACAGGUUGCUGUAGGCCAAACCCCAUUUUUAUACGACUUGGGUGGCACUUUACUGUACUGAUCCUCUUUUAUUCACUUCUUCACAGGCUCGGAACAGUAUGAAUAUUUCGUUGUAAUCUCAUAGCAAUGCCUUCAGCAAGAACUUUCUGUGAUAUUCUCUCCACUAUGCCUUAAGCUGACCACCGUGCCUGGUCAUGUUAUUUUAAACACUGGUCGAAAAAGAAGUCAAAAGAAAAUGUGAUUACUAAGGUAUGUCAACUUUCAACUUUUUAAAAAUCUUUUUACUUCAUGUUAGGCUUAUAAAGGGCCAUCUCAAAAGCCUUUAAAGUGUGCUAACCAAUGAGAAAUAUAACAUGUCUAAUUAAGUAAGCUGACUAUGCAGUGAACUAGGAUAUUCAUUUGCCAUCUGAUUAAUGCAAAGUGCAUCAUAGUUCUCCCCCUUUUCCUCUCCCCCAAAUCUGCCAUCAUCAUCAUCGAAAGUUUAUUAUUUUCAGUUAAACUGUAACGCCUAAACUCUAAAGGAGCUUUAUCGAAAAAUGUUUAUGGUGAAUUUGUCAGUGCUCACAAACAGGAAUUUCUUACAUUGAAAGUUUUUUACAACUUUUGAGCAAAACAAUAUAGACACUCAAUUUUUCCUGGAAAAAUGUUGAAUGUGUGAGGGUGUUAAAAAUGUCUAAAAUAGGCAAGCGUUAUUUUUUUGGAUGCAUUGGUGACAUACCUUAACAUAAAUCCAUGUGCUCUAGAUGCCAUUACAUGACUAGGUAAACUGUUGCAUGAUGGAGCCAUUGAUGAGAAAUCUGCAUUCCAUGUUAUGUUUUUGUUGAGAUUAACACAAAGCGGCCUUAGCAAGUGCUGCCUGAAAGCUAGUAUGCCUUCACUCAUAUACAUAUGCAGCAUUCCACUAAGUAUGAACAACUGUCAGCCACCCAGUCACUCACUACCCAGCAUCUGGGCGACACAUACUUGAAGAAUGAGUGUGGUGACCGACCAUUUUAAUUUUGGCUAAUGAAAACCACUGUUUUGAAGACGCAUACAUGCUCAUAUACAAGAUUCUUGUGGGCUCAAAUGCACAUUUUCUUAUUGCCUUAUGCACUUACUAUAAGUUCAUUUUACUCACAUGAGACCAUCUUACACUUGUGUGGCUGCCUUGCUCAUAGGCCAUGCCACCAUGUGUUAGUGCAUUUAAGAAGUCUGUGUAUUAAGAGAAAGGCUUAGGUCAUGCCAUAUUGAUUCAAAUGUGUGUGAAACACAGAAAUGUUCUCAGUUUACAAUGUCUGAGCCAAUAUGAAAAUAUGUGCACUUUAAAGAAAGAGUACUGUGCAAAGUGGCCCUCAGUUCUUUUUUUUUUAAAUCAUUAUCCUAUUUUACAGAUAUUGACAGAAAUCUGCAAACAGACUGCAGUUCUGUUGAUAAGUUGUUUAAAGCAGACAUAUUCUCUAUUAUUUUCACUCUACAUAAUAUACUUGUAUCAUUCGCUUCGUUUAAAGGAAUACUGACACGAAAACUGUCUCGCCUUAUUGUUUCUUUUAAAGAGCUGUCGACUCUGCAAUGGUAAUGUGAAGUCUCAAGUUGUUUAGAGUGCAACAAAUAGUUAAUUACAUCACCUUUUAAUGAUAACAGUUAGAAAUGCUCAAAAUACAGGACAACCUUUGAUGUGUCAGCAAUCCUUUAAACAACAGUCUUACAAACUGGGUUAUAUUUUAGAGUAAUGUGCAAUAUAUCUCUCUUGAACAUUUUCCUCACAGAAUCAUGGCAUCUCUUCAUUGUCAAGUUAAAGUUGUAAAUACGAUGCUGCAGUUUUGUUGAAUUUUCCUCCUCCCGUAAAUUUUUUCAAGAAAUUUGAGGUCCUAAACAUAAAUGCUGCUCCCCGCAGUGAUUAGAUUAAUGCUGUUUUAUAUAUGCCGAUAUAAUUAAAAUCAGUUCAUUGGUUGUCCUUGUA